AUAUAAAAAAAUCUCAGAAUCCUGAAACAUGGAUGCAAUCAAUAAAGAAACAAAUGAAAAUGGGAGCACUAAAGGAUUGAAUAAGACGAGUUCCCUCGAGGAAUUCUACGCCGGUAGUGGGAUCCUUCUGACUGGAGCCACCGGUUUCGUUGGAAAAGCUCUGCUGGAAAAAUUUACCCGCAUGUGUCCUCGCAUUACUGCAAUCUUUAUACUAAUGCGUCCAAAAACUAACGAAACGGUGGAACAACAAUUUAAGAAGCUCCUAGAUGAUCCCAUUUACGAUGACAUCAAAGCAAAGCAUCCCGCAGUUUUUAGCAAAGUUUAUUCCGUGAAAGGUGACAUGAGUCUGCCGAAUUUAGGUCUUUCGCAAGAAGAUAGAAAUCUGUUGAUAGAGAAUGUAAACAUAGUGUUUCACUCUGCGGCCACUGUGAGAUUCAACGAGCCAUUGCACGUGGCUGUUAAUGUGAAUACGAAAGGUACUGCUCGUGUCAUCGAGCUUUGGAAGGAACUGAAGCAUCCAAUUAGCUUCGUCCACGUCAGCACAGCCUAUACUAAUGUGAAUCUACAUGAGAUCGAGGAAAAAGUUUAUACCACGGACUUUAGUCCUUCAGAAGUGAUCGAUAUGUGUGACAAAUUCGACAAAGCGUCCAUCAACCUGCUAGAAAAGACGAUUUUAAAAACUUAUCCAAAUACAUACACAUUCAGUAAGAAUUUAGCAGAGCAGAUUGUAGCAAGCCAGUGCAAAGAUAUGCCAGUUGCGAUAGUACGGCCAAGCGUAAUUGGUGCCGCUUUGAAAGGACCAUGUCCUGGUUGGAUAGAGAAUAUAUCUGCAGUUACAGGUACUUACAUUCUAAUCAGCAAAGGAUGUACAACAGUGGUACGAGGUAGGAGAGAUACAAGAUUGGAUGUAGUGCCUAUCGAUUUCGUAGUCGGCGUGUUAAUGUGUACUGCAUGGCAUGUCACGCUACAUCGUGAUCGUGAAGUUAAAGUAUACAACUGCACGACCAACGCAUACCCUUUUGGGUUUGGUCCGAUGGUGGAUGCUAUGGUAAAAUAUAGCAUAGAAAGCCCGCUGAACGAUAUGAUAUGGUACCCAGGUUGUUCAGUCGUAGCUAAUAGAUAUAUUUUCAACAUUCUGAGUGUAAUUCCGUUUGUCUUUCCUGCGUUUGCCAUAGAUAUCUUUUUAAGACUCCGAGGCAGUAAACCAAUAAUGAUAAAACUUUUAAAACAUGGCAACAAGCUGUUCACAUCGGUGUCAUAUUUUACUAUGAAUGAAUGGAGCUUUCAAAGGGAUAACUGUGCCGACUUGGCGCAGAAGGUGAAAAUGUUGAAUGACAGCGAUAUGGUUACACUAGAUUUACGGGAUAUGAAUUGGCACAAGUAUGUUGCAACUUACCUGAUGGGAAUUAGGACAUUUAUUUUAAAGCAAGAGUUUAAGUCAACAGCCCGAGAACGAUUAUCAAGGUUGUACUGGAUACAACAGAUCACUAAAAUGUUCGGUAUAAUGAUCUUACUACUGAUAAUAUGUUGUAUCGUGUACUGACUAUUUGAACGUUAUUUUGUCUGUUUAAACCAGAGGAAUAUAAAAACAAUUUUAUGAAGAAGGGA